UUUCCACAACAGCUUCAUCUGAACAAAACCCAAAAUCCAUCAUCUCUCUGUUAUCACUUUAAAGCUGCUUUAAAAUAAUCUGUAUUAUAUGAAGGGCUAUAUAAACAUGACUUAGAUUUUGUUUUAUUGAAUAAUUCAGCAUUGUAGCACAUAUUAUUUUAACCCAUUCACUCACACCCGUUUAAUAUGCUAAGGUCUUCAUGCAAUGGAUUUUGUAUUGCACUUGCACUUUUGAUCAUUUUGAUAUAUUUAUACACACACACACUUUACCUUUUUGAGUUAUUAAAGUAAUAAACAAUCAAUUAAUAAUCUCCUGACGGGUUAGGAUUAAGCGCUGUAAUAACCCACUAUUGUCAUAAUAUAAUUAAUACGAUAUUUUACUAUCGGAACAGGACGAAAAGCACCUUUUUUUUAAAAUGCAUAUUACAAUAAUCCAGUGACGUUCAUUACGUCAUCACGCUACUUCCAUGUGGAGAUUCCGCUUUCGCUUUGCUGGAGCCGCUGUUAACGCGGACGAACACUUAUUAAUAAGAAUUCGUAUUCGUUUUCAGAGGGAAAGUGAUAAUGAAGCUUAUUUUUAAUGCACUCGCAGUGACUUUGUUUUUACCCUACCAUGUUGCAUUUGAUAAAGUAUCAGUAUCUCUGAAGAUGGGAGAUUCAGUCACUCUACACACUGGUGUUAAAACAAACCAACAAGAAGAUAUUAAAUGGUAUUUCAGUGACACUCGCAUCGCUCAAAUCACUGGAGAUCUCAGUUUUAUCUGUUCUGGUGUUCAGUGUAAUAAAGGGACUGAGAGAUUCAAAGACAGACUGAAGCUGGACAAUCAGACUGGAUCUCUGACCAUCAUGAACAUCACAAACACAGACUCUGGACUUUAUAAACUGAAAAUCAUAAGCAGCAAUGACAGUGAAAAGAUCUUCAGUGUUUCUGUCACUGAGGUUCCUGCUACUGAACUACAUGAAAUGAAGGAGGGAGAAUCUGUCACUUUAGACUCUGGUGUAAUAAAACACCCAAAUGAUGUGAUGACAUGGUAUUUUAAUCAGACUGAAAUCACUGGAGAUCAGAGUAAGAUCUGUACAGAUGCUCAGUGUAAAAAGAGAUUCGGAGACAGACUGAAGCUGGAUCAUCAGACUGGAUCUCUGACCAUCAUCAACAUCACAAACACAGACUCUGGAGAAUAUAAACUACAGGUCAGCAGCAGCGAUAGCAGCUUCAGCAUCACCACAGUGAAGAGAUUCAGUGUUUCUGUCACUGCUGUUCCAGAUUCAGAUCUGUCUUCAGCUGCUGUCGCAGGAAUAUUUGUUGCUGUUAUUCUUCUGGUGGCUGUGGCUGUAGCUGCUGGUGUGGUUUACUAUCGCUGCAGGAGACGUACAGCAGUACCACAGAAUGAGGAUGAUGAUGAUGAUGAUGAUAAUUCUCCGCCUGAUCCCAAGAGCAUUCAUUUGAGGUAGAUGGGAUGUCCUUGAACUGUUUAUUGACAAAUUGAUCCGAAGAUUUCUGUUGUCCGUACCAAUAGCAAUACAAUUGUCACACAUUGAGCAUUUUUAGCAAAUUAAAUGACUUUUUUUUAAUAGAUUAGAAGGUAACAGUUAACAUUGAACAGAAUAUGAAAAUAAUGUUAACAACAUUGUAACAGCAUUAGAACAGAGAGUUGUAUUGGUAUGUAGAGGUUUAUGUAACCUUCUAAAGUGAUUUAGAUGGAAACAGAACAGUGAGUCUUUUGCACUAAAAUAAGUUAUUAAUGCACUUAUCUGACUUAUGAUUCAUUAUGUCCAGUCUGUUUAUAUCUCCACUGAUAGGACUGCGUUUCCACAAAUACCCCACCCAUAUAUAUAUAUAUAUAUAUAUAUAUAUAUAUAUAUAUAUAUAUACACCGUAUAUGUGUUUUGUGUGGCAUCAGUAAAAAAAAAAAAAAAAAAAAACCUUUACCAGCUGAGAAUUAGAUGGUGCAAAUUUGACUAAUGUGACCUGAAAGAGAUAUCACUAUGCUUGAUUAUGUAGUUAAUUGGUAUUUUAACCACUAUUUAGCCUUGGUCAUCCAACUUCAACAGAAAACACUGGUUGAACAACUUUAAAUAGCACAGCUCUUUAUGUAUGCAUGUUUGUGUGUGUGUGUGUGUGUGUGUGUGUGUGUGUGUAUAUAUAUAUAUAUA